UUUAAAUUCUGCAGAACAAGAGUCACAGACCAUCACAAGCACAUAUACAUUGAUGGAUAGUGAUAACAAAGGAAACAACAAGAUCACAGAAAUAGUUAGGCUGCAGCAAAUGCUGAAGAAGUGGAAGAAGCUUGCAGUUUCGCCAAAGAACAACAGCAAGAAGAGCAUCAAGUUCCUAAAGAAGACACUUUCCUUCUCGGAAACCUCUUCGUCGUCUUCAUCAUCUUCACUCUCUGCUGAUGUGCCCAAGGGAUUCCUUGCUGUGUGUGUGGGAGAAGAGAUGAGGAGGUUUGUGAUUCCGACUGAUUACUUGAGCCACAGAGCCUUUGGAGUGCUGCUGAGAGAAGCAGAGGAGGAGUUUGGUUUCCAACAAGAAGGUGUUUUGAGGAUACCCUGUGAAGUCUCUGUGUUUGAGAGAAUACUGAAGGUGGUGGAGAAGAACAAGGAAGGCUUUUUCUAUUGCUCUGGAGAGGCAGACUUUGCUUAUGCACAUCGCCCUCCAAAACCAAUCUGCAGAUAAAUAUAUUUAUAUAUAUAAUAUAUUAAUGAUAUUUUUCACCAAGCCCUCAAAUCAAAUAUCUUCUUGUUGUUGUUGUAGUUCUUCUUCUUCUUCUUCUUCUUCUUCUUCUUCUUCUUCUUCUUCUUUGUGAGGACUGAUGAGAUUAAGUUAAUGAGCUUUUUUGUAUAAGUAGCAGUAGAUGAUGGUGAUCCUGAUCCGUGUUUAUGUUAUGGAUCCUAAAUUCCUAAUCUACAAUGUAUAAACUUUUUUCUUUUACUUCUUUUCAAUUCUGUGGUUACUCUGUCACUUGUUUGAAUCAACUAUACAUCAAUGAAUCCAUAAGCCCAAAAUAAAACACAUUCAGGAGUUCCAGAGUACUUUAAAUAUAUAAAUAUAUAUACUUACAACAUAUAUAUAAUAUCCAUGAAUGAAGAAUCUUGAGAGUGCAUUACAUGUAUGAUGGCAUCAGAAAUGCAAUUUGGCUAAGAUAAUUAAUAGCAGUUAAAGUAGCCAGAGAGAUUGUUGUGGUUCUGGUUGUGGAUUGAAUGGUGUUCUAUCUCCUCUGAAUGCUCAACGGAUUGUUAGACUCUCAA